AUGUUAUUAUUACUUACCACUUGAUACCCAACCCCCACUCCCUGUCAACGCAAAUUGGACAGUUCUUCCUCUUCCCUCACAAUCAUCCCAUAUGUUAGUUAGCCCGUGCUGCAGCGAGGGAGAAAAAAAAAACAUUGACCGCCUGCCAAAAACCACUGAUUCGGGUGUCUCGCUCUCCCUUCCAUUCUUCGACUUCAACCUACAUGGUGUAAACCCGGAAUUUCUUAACCCAUCCAGACGUCGACCUCGAGUCUGCCAAUCACGAUGCCGAGCCUCUUUUCGAGAAUAAGGGGCAAAGACAACCCUUCGAAACUGAAGUCUAGGAAAAACCCCCAUCUCGACAACUUGACUCACCAAUUGUCCCAUAGGCCACGGUGGGAGGACGCAUACACCAGGACGUCGGUAGAACCGGAGGAAGUCCAAGAGCUCGUUGCGCGUUGUACGGAGGAACUCAAAGCCAGAGCCCUCGAUCUUCCCUUUCUUCUUCUCCCUUUUCGCCCGACUUCUGACCCUAGCGCUGUGCGCACCUUUAUCCGCCACUUCUUCGAUGGCGAUCAGAACCUGUCUGGUGACCCUCUUGCCCAAGAGUUACGCAUGGUGGCACCCAUGGUCAUCUCUGGCGUUCUUAAAUGGUGCUGGAGCAGGCUGCCGGGCGGUCUCGUAGGCUGGGAUGCCUACGAGCUGUUCAAGGUCGGCGAGCAAGACUCGAACAUGGCUCGCGACUCCUUUUCGACCUUUAUUCCGCUAAGCGUGGAAAACCAAGCGCGCUCUCACAUCAUUUUCGACUAUUUCGAUCUGCUCUCAGCUAUCGCGGCACACGGUAAAUCGAACGGCCUCAGCGGCCGCAAGCUAUCCCGUAUGGCGGCGUGGUGGGCCUUUGAAUAUGGGGAUACGGGUAGUGGUUUCGAGGGCGGAUAUAAGUCGUGGCUGAGCGCUGCGGAUGCGACGAGCCACCUGUUCUUCGCCUAUUUAAGGUCCCUCUCUCCCCAACAGGCUCGUGCAGGUAUAUCCAUGCUUCCGAUGUCCUUGCAGAAACUACUGCAGGAAACCGAGUACCCCCCGCAAACGCCGUCAUUGAUGAUGUCGUCGACGUAUAAGGUGGUUAUGAUCGUGGAAACAGUGUCUCCGACGCCGUUUGCGCUCCUGCGCCGAGCCAACAACUUCCAGUACCGGGAUGACGACAGAGCGCUCCGAGAAUUCUCGGAAUACGAAGACCCCGUGACCGCCCUGACCGAGGAAUGUCGGAGAGUUCUUAAAGCGAUUUCUCUUGCGAACCAGUCUCACGUGUCCAGCUCCAAGCAUUCUACUGGCCUUCGGGAUGCUUCGUGGUCGCGCUUCGAGGACAUCGGCUUCGGAGAUGCCCUGGAGGAAGAGGAUGAGGACGCAGAGUUGGCCAAGAUUAGCCAGGCACGCAAUCCUCGUGGACUGCGGACUAUGCCUGCGUCGGGGGCCAACCUGGGGAGACCAACGACGCCCUCCUGGGCAGAUUUUCUAUCCUCUGGAUUCGUCAAUGAUUCGCCCAAUAGCCCCACGAAUCUCCUGUUACCUCCGGACAAGAUCCUACCGCCAAUCGAGACAGCAGUCAGGCAACGGAGCUCGCAGUCGCACCGCCCGCGCCUAGAGAGCGAUCGUAAAUUGGAGCCCGCAGAACUCGCCAGCAUCACUCGAAUCGACCUGGACGACGCGUUCUGGUGGGUGUGGAUGAAUAGUUUAGCUCCUGAGGAAACUGCAGAUCGCAAAUCUGCCUUUGGCCGAUGUACCGUUCUCGAGACCGUCAUCCGCGAGGGCCGGUGGCUCUUGAUGGAAGAGAUGGUGAAAGGUGCGGCCCCUGAACUCGAUGCCGGAGCUUAUAUCGCGGAGAAGAAGGGGUUCUUCAGUUGGACGAGGCGCAACAAAGGCGUCACUCGUAGCAAGUCGUCUGCGAAGCCGGGCACCGAUAAUCGUCUGAGGCCCGGUGUACCGGCUGGUCUUGGCUCGAGUAAGACGAGCAUCGGGCCUGAUCAACAAGCCAAGAUCCAGGCAGCCGCACAGAGACUACAGGCAAAACAACUUCAGGAAAAGCAGCCGGAACCCAAAAUUGAGCGGCGCGGGCGUACAGACGUUGAGCUAAUGAAGGAAAAGACUAACAGCGUCCUUACCCUACAGCCGAGCAUCAUGAAUGCAGCUUCGCCAGCGAUGAAGUGGGCGAACAAGUACGAUAAAGAAGCUAUUCGCGAAGCCUAUCUGGGAAAUGCAUUUGCCGGCCGUGGUGUGUCUCAAACAUCACUUUUAGCGUCUAACCCUGCCGGCGCGAGUGGACCGGCAGCUAAUGGCAGCGGUCCCAAUCCGGACGCCGUAGAACACGCCCCGUCUUCGGCUGCUGUGCCUCAAGGCUCACCAGAGCCCGAGCAAAAGCCAGCGGCAUCAGGUGGUACCCCGGCUCAAACCCCGGCUCCAGUUCCCGAGAAGAAACCGAAUCCCCUCAAACCUAUCCGUACUGCUGAGCGUUUGGAACCCGCCGGCCGGAACUCGCCGUUGCCCCCCACUCCACGUGCAGAGGAGAGCAUGGAGGCGACUCGGGAAAACAUGCUCUCUCCCGAGCCGGUCAGCCCUGAUAACAAAAAACACAAGAAGCUGCACAAGGAGGAAAAGAAACCCAGCGGUUUCAAGAAGCUGUUUAGUCGAAACAAGAAUCGACAAUCCAAGCUGCCAGAGAAUGCCGCUGCUGAAGUGAACAAAAUGCUAGCUGCAAAUCCGCCUCAAACGCCCGAGGCGGCCGGCGCCCCUUCUACGGCACCCGCGGCACAGCGCUCGCUACCCGCCCCUCCGGAUGCAGCUCAUUCUGACGCCAGCCUCAAGACCCCUAGGGAACGACCCGAGGACAAGACACCCACGCAGACACCCAUCACACCGGCGGGCCCCGAGCCGGCGUACGACCCAUCGAUCGACGACAAUCUUUCUCGCGUUGAUACCGCGGAUGCCGCCGAGGCUCGCCACGAAUUUUCUCGCUUCGAUCAAGGUCCGCUCCUAGACCAACCCGCCUUCGUCCCCGAUGAGGAUCAAAGCGUUGACAGCGCUGCCCCGCCGCCGAUCGCUAGGCACCCUAGCCGACAUCCCCCGGCUGAGCAGGACGACGACGUAGGUGCGCCGUCACCGACCGUUCCGAGGCAGGACCGAUGGGCCGCUAUUCGGAAAAACGCGGCCGAUCGCGCCGCCCGACAGAGCGAGGAGCAGAGUCGAGGUGCAUACAGCAAGACCACAGACGGCGAUGACACUAGCGGCAGUGGUGAAGAGACCAUCGAGUCCCGUGUGGCGCGCAUCAAGGCCCGUGUUGCCGAGUUAACGGGUAACAUGGAGGGUACCUCCGGACCCGGAACUCCAACCCCUCCUAGACGCCGCUAGAGUUGGUUUCUCAGGAUGAGGAAUUGGCUCUAAAACGACGCGGAUCAUUUACUCCCAUUCCUCGGGUCGUCUCCAACACAUCUCAUUACUCUCAUUUGUAGCAUCCGGCAUAACCCGCAUUGGAUGCUCUUUAAUACGCCUAGUUUUUCUUUUAAACUUCGUCUAUCCC